AUGGUUUUGUUUCUGCUCCCUGGUCUUAGACCACAUUGGAAAAUUGGCAAUGCAAAUAUUGUCCUGCACUUCCUUCCAUUAAAUCCAUCUUCCGCACCAUCUCUUCUUCCAUCAUUGAUGAAAGAUUCUCCUACUUCUUUAAAUUCAGCGAAUUCUGGUGUUUGGCGUGGUAAGAGAGCAGCAGAAGGAACUGCAGACGAAAGACCAGGAAAGAAGGCGAAGUACGGCCUUGUCAGCAAUAUCGAUUUUGAAGAAAGGGAAACAGACGCAGACGACGAGGAUUCAGAUUUUGAUUCUGCGGAUACACCGAGUGAUAGAGAAGAGGAGGUUACAACGGCAGCUUCUCCAGUAACCGUCUCAAUACCAAUUGCAGAGCUGGUUCUCAAAGAGAAGAGCACUUACACACCAACACCAAUUCCAGACCUUGUUACCAAGACCGUCGCAAAACUAAUUGCAGCAACGGGUCGUUGGGAUUUCACCCUUACGGCAAAACAAGCAGGUUACGUUUAUAACCCGAGGAAAUCCAUGACCGAUCUGAGUAAUCGCUUCGCUACACCUUCAGACUCCGAUAAUACCCUCGAUACCGACGAUAGCGAAUCUGGCUUUAAUUCUACACCAAAUCGCUCUUCGACACCAGCGCGCGCACGUGCUUCUUCACCUUUACCUUUACCUUUACCUCAGUGGAAAUAUCAUCACAAUUCUAUUGAUCGAAAUAAUCCAACCACUCCGCCUUCCAUCGGAACAAAAAGAAAAAUGGAACAAGCAUAUGCCGAAUGGCAUCAAGGAGAAAUGGACACACCUAGAGCACCACCAAUAUUCUCCAAUCACUUUACCAGCCGAUACACCACAAUCCAAAAUUUGGAACCUUCGCGCACAUCUUCGUACUCACAUCACACCAUUUCCUCAUCUUCACCUCAAACCCAACACUCAACAACAUCCACCUCCGAAACCACCGUAUUCCCUACCGAUCUACCUUCUCCAUCCGUCCCAUGCCGUUUAGAACCUCAUUCACCUGUUCUCGAUCACCUCACUGCACAAUAUAUUGCACAGGGACCCCAUCCACACAUUCCUCACGUCAAUCACGCAGCUGUGAAUCAAAGAAAUGCGUCUCAGAUAUUGAGCAAACAUCAAGAUGAUCGCGUGCCGUUUGUUCGAGCUGCGAGUCGAAGACUCCAGGCGGUGGUGGGCGUGAGAAAUGAUUUACCGUUUGAUUUGCUGAUGGGGACGGGAAAGCAUGAUGCGAGUAAUUUAGUUGUAGGGAGGGAUGGGACGCUGGUGGAUUUGGGACUUAAGGAUUUGGAGAGGAGAGAGGAGGUUAUGAGGGGAGCUGGAGAUGAAAAUGAAAAUGAAAAUAGAGAAGAUCUUGCCAGAGAUGAUGGUGUUAUGAGUGGAGAGAAUAUUGGAAAUAACCGGGGAAAUAUGAGCUCGGAUAUGGAUAUGAACACCAACGCAAACGCAAACACAAACGAAGCAUACAAUACCAACAGCACGGCACAAUACCUACAAGAUAUCCACGCUUCCUUCAACACUCUCCGCUCUUCCUCUCAUACCCCAUCUACAUAUCACUCUUCUCCUCACCAGCAACAAACAACACCACAAAAAACUACUCCCAAUCCAACCUACGAAUCCCCAACACAAAUACCCUUCUUCCCUCCCUCAGUCAACCCCUAUACCGGCGAAGGACUCCGCGAAUAUCUUCUCUCCCGCGCUUUCAUCACGGGUUCUGUGAAGAGAGAAUGCAGAAGUAUCUCUUUCCAUGAUUUCACACCGGAUGUACGAACGGCGCGAGUUUAG